UCAGUGAGAGCGCGAAAACAUUCACUUGAUAUCCGAACGCGCACCAAGCAACACAGACAUUUUCUGACCCAAGUGUUUAUAUUCCCCGUGCUGUUUAUUUUGUGAAAAGUGGAUAUUUAAUUUGAAUUAAAAAACAAUAUUUAAUACAAUAUGGACGUGGAGAACGCGAACUGCAAAAUGAGGGUGUCACAAUGCACCGAUAUGGAAGUGCUACCCAUCGAGAGACCCAUCAAAAUUGACCAUGAAAUCACAGGGCUGGAGAAGCUGAUAGAAGAACUGCACGCCAUCUUCUCCCGCGACCACGUCAACGUCCAAGAUGUUCAGAAGCUGAUGCUGGGCUACAAGAGCAACCCGAAAGACUGGAAGAAGUACGCCAAAUUUGACCGUUUUCGUUACACGAGGAACCUGGUAGACGCCGGCAACGGAGCCUUCAACAUCAUGAUUCUCUGUUGGGGGGCAGGUCACGCCUCCCCCAUACACGACCAUGCGGACUCACACUGCUUCAUGAAGAUACUCUCUGGAAACCUUGAGGAAGUCAGAUAUGACUGGCCAGAACACGUGCAGCCCGAAGUCCUAAAGAAGCUCAAAAACAAAAGCUGCUGCGACAAAAUGGCGGACCAAGAUGGCUGCCGGUGUGAGGAAGAUGGCGGAUAUGAUGCGGGCGACAUGAAAGAAAUAGGGAGAGCGCGGCUUGAGCUGAAUGAUGUGUGUUAUAUCAACGACGCUCUAGGCCUCCACCGGGUAGAGAACCCCUCGCACGCCGACAGCACCGUGUCCCUCCACCUGUACUGCCCGCCCUUCGACAGCUGUCGCGUGUUCGACUCCCGGACCGGGAAACCCACCACCGUCACCGCUACCUUCUGGUCUGUUAAUGGGAAGAAAGUGAAACGGGGGAUGCGGGCCAACGAAUGUGCAGACAGCCAGAACUGAGGAAAAUCUACCUAUAUUAAUUGGGAUACAGAAUAAAAUGGGACCAAAAACGUUGUAUUUUUUUUUAUUAUAUAAUAAUAAAAUCAUAUUGUUAAGUAAGCUAAGUAAGUAAACUCUAAAGUAGUUAUGAUCAAAAGUAACUGUUGGAUUUAUCCAGGACAACGCCAUUUCGAAUGAAGUCCGCCAUUUUUUAUUGUUUUUGUGCAAUAAUGUAUAAAUAUUUUAUAUUGAACAACUAACAAUCAUAACAUAAUAAUGUAAAUAUAAAUGCUGUCCCAAUAUGUGUAACAAAUCAUUCCAUUUGUAGGUGUAGGUAGUAAGAAAUUAUACAUAUCUUAAAUUGUUGUAAUUUUAGUUAUAAAUACGAAGAACUUAAUGUUAUAAAAUACCUAAAGUACAAACGAUAUAACUUUUGUACUCAAUUUUAUAGUUUAUAAGUCAAUGUAAUAUUAUUGUAAAUACUUGUUAAUUUAAAGACUCGUUUUUAGGUUUGGUAUUCAAAUUAUAGAUUUUUUUUCUUAUUUUCUCUUAUUUUUGUAAUAAGUGUGUACAAACUAUAAAAUAAAUUAUUGUAUUAAAUUGGCC